AUUCUACCACUUCUACUAGGAGUUGCCUUUUUAGUGCUAGCUGAACGUAAAGUCAUGGCUUUUGUGCAACGUCGAAAGGGUCCUGAUGUAGUAGGAUUGUUCGGAUUGUUACAACCUCUAGCGGAUGGUUUCAAAUUGAUUCUCAAAGAACCUAUUUCACCAAGUAGUGCUAAUUUCUCCCUUUUUCGAAUGGCUCCAGUAGCUACAUUUACGUUAAGUCUGGUCGCUCGGGCCGUUGUACCUUUUUCUUAUGGUAUGGUAUUGUCAGAUCCGAACAUAGGGCUACUUUAUUUGUUUGCCAUAUCUUCGCUAGGUGUUUAUGGAAUUAUUAUAGCUGGUUGGUCUAGUAAUAUAGGGAGCGGCCGUUCGGUCGCCUAUGAUAGACGGACCAAUUGGUCAAAUAUGGGUUUGUGCCGCAGGUGUUGAACGAUCUACUCUACACAGGUGUGGGCUUACAGGGCAGAGGGCUCUCUAUGUAUUAUUCCCUUUCAGUAUAGGGAUGAGGGAAUUGGCUGUAAUCCACAAAUAGUUGUUUCUAUUCGCACCUCAGAUCCAGAGGAAAGAAAGGUUGCUUGUCAAGGCUGGGCUGGGGCCUAACUCUUUCUUUUGAUAGCUGUCCUUUAUAACCGGCUGUUCUUCUUUGUCAACGCUACUACUCUAGGUUCUCGCCUACUUUCCGAAUGAAAGAACAUGAGACACUUUUUCAAUGGAAAAGGCUAUACUUAGUUUCGCAAGCCUUUGUCAUUGUCAGUCAACUAAGUAAGGGCUUGACUUGAAGGACUUGUUUAUAACUCGCCUAGCAACUGUAUACUAAGCUUGGCCCCUGCGCUGUGAAUCCUUAAAUCUUCGAGCAUGCCACACUAAAUGGAUGAUACCCUCAUACUAUAAAGAAAGAAUUGGAGUACCUGAAAACCCCAUCAUGGUGAACCUCUCCUUGUGAUCGGGAUGAGGUAGAUGCCUCCCAGCAGGGGGCGGAUCGAAUCGGAGUUUCCUUAGGUAGCCACCGACCUACAGUUAUCCUUAAACUUCCGUGCUUGGUGGAGAAGAAGCUAACAAAGGUACGCUCGCUUGCUGUCUUGUUCUCUGCCACGGACUGGGAUCGCUCGCCAGCUAG